GUCCAUUUGAUUCAACCAACAGCAGUAGCUCACACAUUGUACCAUUUUAUGAUGUUGAACAGGGUAAUUUAGAUCAUUUCCUACUGUCCCACAGGGACAGCCCUUCAUUUGAGGUUAACAUUAACAACAUGGGUCAGGUUGUGGUGGCAGCAGGCUAAGCAGGGUAUUACAGGCAUCCCUCUGCCCAACAACUCUUUCCAGCUCCUCCUUCGGGAUCCUGCAGCAUUCACAGGCCAGAUGAGAUAUGUAAUCCCUCCAUCAAUUUAAGGGUCUGCCCCAGGGUCUCCUCCAGACUGAGAAAGAGAACAGCACAGAGCGGGCUGGCAAACUGAUGAUCAUGACUGACUGAAAUAAGCGAAGGCAAGGAGGUGAAAGAGAGCACAAGAAGAAGGAAGGGGAGGGAAGAAGAAGAAAAAGAAGAAGAAGAAAAAGAAGAGGAAAACAGUUGCCCUCCCCCACGCUGAUAACGCCCCAUCAUCGCCCACCUGCAAACCCGUCCAAUCCAAGACCCUUCGCCCUGUGAGACCCACACCUGAGUCUUCUGUGCGUGACUUCAUCUGUCUACCAUCCCUUCAUCCGAGGCUAUGAGAGGAGGAGUCGAAUCCCAGAUCACUCCAUCAUGCCAGUUCUGAAGAGCAGAGUGGAGAUCCGGGCUGGCAAUGUUCAAGGGACGGCAUUUACACUCCUCCACAAUGCUUGUCAGCCUCCACCCUUCUCCCUCCCGUCUUCAGGACAAGCGCUUCGUCUUCCCCUCAUCCUCCCCCCAUCAUCCUCCUCCUCAUCCUCCUCCGGAUCAGCCCUCUCAUCAUCCUUAUUCUCAGCCUCGGCUGACCCUUCCUCUCCUCUCCUUGUCCUUCUCACUGCUCCUUGUCUCCGUACUCCUCUUGCCCGUCUGCGAGUCUCGCAGGGGUGGAGGUCCAGGUACAGGGCCUGGAGGUGCCCAAGGGGGACAAGGUGGCCAAAGGGGAGGCGGCAACCAGAGGGGUGUCGUCAUCCCUCCUCCCCCAAUCAGUCCCAAACUUAUCAACUCACUCAGUAUUGCUGUCAUCCUGGUGGGCAACUCUAGUGAAGUAACCCUGGGGGUUGGACUUGAGAAAGAGGACUUCCUCCACAUCCCUUACCCUCCAAAAGUUGAGGUGGUCACGAUGAAUGAGACCGACCCUAAGAGCAUCAUCAAUCGGAUCUGCGCACAAAUGACGAGGAACUCUCUGCAAAACUCCCUGCAAGGCGUAGUGUUCGGUGACGACACGGACCAAGAGGCCAUCGCUCAGAUCCUGGACUUUAUCUCUGCCCAGACACAUCUCCCUAUCCUCGGCAUCAGGGGAGGCUCCUCCAUGGUCAUGGCUGCCAAGGACGACCACUCCAUGUUUUUCCAAUUUGGUCCGUCGAUCGAGCAGCAGGCCCAGGUCAUGUUGAACAUCAUGGAGGAGUAUGACUGGUACAUCUUCUCCAUAGUCACCACGUACUACCCUGGCUACCAAGACUUUGUCAACAAGGUCCGCAGUACCAUCGAGAACAGCUUUGUGGGCUGGGAGUUACAAGAAGUCCUCCUACUGGAUAUGUCAGUGGAUGACGGAGAUGCCAAGAUCCAGAACCAGCUGAAGAAACUGCAGAGUCCUGUUAUUAUGCUCUACUGCACAAAGGAGGAGGCAUCCACGAUCUUCGAGGUGGCCCAUUCUGUAGGCCUCACGGGUUACGGCUUCACCUGGAUUGUGCCCUCGCUAGUGGCCGGAGAUGCAGACCAUGUUCCAGAAGUCUUCCCUACAGGGCUUAUCUCGGUGUCAUAUGACGAAUGGGACUACAACAUCGAGGCCAGGGUACGUGAUGCAGUGGCUGUCAUUGCCACGGCAACCUCCACCAUGAUACUGGACCGGGGGCCACACACUAUGCCAAAGUCAAGCUGCCUCGGGACACCUGACAAAAAGAGCUCCAACACCGGCCACUCCAAAGAAAUACUGAAGUACCUGAUGAAUGUGACCUUUGAAGGCCGAAACCUGUCCUUCAGCGAGGAGGGUCAUCAGAUGUUCCCGAAGCUUGUCAUAAUUCUUCUAGACAAGGAUAGACAAUGGGACAGGGUUGGCAAGUGGGAGAGAGGCUCUUUGACGAUGAGGUACCAUGUGUGGCCUCGCUUUGAGCUGUACUCGGGUGCGGAGGAGCGUGAGGACCACCUGUCCAUCGUCACUCUGGAGGAGGCGCCGUUUGUCAUCGUGGAGGACGUGGACCCUCUCAGCGGCACCUGCAUGAGGAACACUGUGCCGUGCCGCAAACAGCUCAAACUCAGCAAUCAGACAGGUGAUUCAGGGAUUUACAUCAAGCGCUGCUGCAAAGGUUUCUGUAUAGACAUCUUGAAGAAAAUCGCCAAGGCAGUCAAAUUCACCUACGACCUGUACCUGGUCACCAACGGUAAACAUGGAAAAAAGGUUAAUGGGACAUGGAACGGCAUGGUCGGAGAGGUGGUGCUGAAGAAUGCCCACAUGGCGGUGGGUUCACUCACCAUCAACGAGGAGAGGUCAGAGGUCAUUGACUUCUCUGUGCCCUUUAUCGAAACCGGGAUCAGCGUCAUGGUGUCACGUAGCAAUGGAACCGUCUCCCCCUCCGCCUUUCUUGAGCCCUUCAGCGCUGAUGUCUGGGUGAUGAUGUUUGUGAUGUUGCUUAUCGUCUCGGCCGUGGCUGUGUUUGUGUUUGAGUACUUCAGCCCAGUGGGUUACAAUCGCUGUCUGGCAGACGGACGAGAGCCUGGCGGUCCCUCCUUCACCAUCGGCAAGGCCAUCUGGCUGCUCUGGGGUCUGGUUUUCAACAACUCCGUCCCUGUGCAGAAUCCUAAAGGUACCACCAGCAAGAUCAUGGUGUCAGUGUGGGCCUUCUUCGCUGUCAUCUUCCUGGCCUCCUACACUGCCAACCUGGCUGCCUUCAUGAUCCAGGAGGAGUACAUCGACCAGGUGUCGGGCCUGUCAGACAAAAAGUUCCAGAAGCCUAACGAAUUCUCCCCGCCAUUCCGGUUUGGCACGGUGCCCAACGGGAGUACAGAGCGCAACAUCCGCAACAACUACCGGGACAUGCAUGCGUACAUGACCAGCUUCCACCAGAAGAAUGUAGAUGAAGCACUGUACAGUCUGAAGAACGGCAAACUGGAUGCCUUCAUCUACGACGCCGCGGUGCUCAACUACAUGGCGGGCAGAGACGAGGGCUGUAAGUUGGUCACCAUCGGGAGUGGCAAGGUGUUCGCCUCCACCGGGUACGGCAUCGCCAUCCAGAAAGACUCAGGCUGGAAGCGAGCUGUGGAUCUGGCCAUCCUCAUGCUGUUUGGAGAUGGUGACAUGGAGGAGCUGGAGGCCCUGUGGCUGACGGGUAUCUGCCACAAUGAGAAGAACGAGGUCAUGAGCAGUCAGCUGGACGUGGACAACAUGGCGGGGGUCUUCUACAUGCUUGGAGCUGCCAUGAUUCUGUCAUUAAUCACCUUCAUCUGUGAACAUUUGUUCUACUGGCAGCUGCGCUUCUGUUUCAUGGGCGUGUGCUCCGGGAAGCCCGGGUUCACCUUCUCCAUUAGCAGAGGUAUCUACAGCUGCAUCCAUGGGGUUCAAAUUGAGGAAAACAAGUCAACCAUAGACUCGCCCUCGUCCACUAUGAAGAAGAACAUGAACAACACACAUUCCAAUAUCCUGCGGUUGCUCCGUACCGCCAAGGACAUGACCGCCGUCCCGGGCAUUAACGGCUCUCCGCACGCCGCUCUGGAGUACAGCCACAGCGGUCGUGACUCGGCUAUCUAUGACAUCCAGGAACACCGGCGCAGCUUGGUGGGUCACCCUGUAGACUGCAAGUCAGCGCCGCCCUACAUGCCAGAGGACAACAUGUUCACUGACUACAUCAGCGAGGUGGAGAGGACUUUUGGCAACUUGCCCCUGAAGGACAGCAACCUGUACCAGGACCAUUACCUGCACCACCACCCGGCCUCGGCUCUGGGUAUGUCCGGCCCACCGCCUAAUAGGCCGCGUAGCUUAGGCAGCACUAGCUCGUUGGAGGGGGGCAUGUUCGAUUGCGACAGUUUAGGGGGAGGGGUAGCACCCAUCUUCACCACCCAGCCCCGCCCCUCCAUGACUCACAGGAAUACCAAUAAAUUUGACCUGAUUGCUGGCCACACCCCUGCGGAAUCCAACCAGGGUGGGUUCAAGGGAAGCAAUGUGUACGGGAGGUUUUCUUUCAAAGGAGGCGCUUCCAGCACGGGGCUCAUCGGGGGGCAUGACAGGUACUGUGGUGGGGGUGGGGCAGGCUCGGGGGGUGAUGAUGGGAACAUUCGCUCUGACGUUUCGGAUAUCUCCACCCACACUGUCACCUACGGCAACCUGGAGGGCAACAACAAGCGGCGUAAGCAGUUCAGGGACAGCCUGAAAAAGAGGCCAGCAUCGGCCAAGGUCAGACGGGAGCAUGACGAGAUAGAGCUGAGCGGCUUGAGGAGGAGACCCCACCACCACACCGUCCACCACCACUUUCCCCAUGGGCCCCAGGCACACCGCACGGUCUCACCUCCCCUGGAGCGGAAGCGGGGAGGUGGAGGGGGUAAUUCUUCACCUUAUUCAUUCCGCAAAGAGAAAGAGAACCUGAGGGAUUUCUAUGCGGACCAGUUCCGCUCCAAGGAGGGCAAGGCCAAGUGGGAGCAAGAGGGUGGAAGUGGAGGAAGCGGUGGUGUGGGCGGUGGUAGCGGUGGUGGUAUCUGUCAAAGCUUAGUUCCUGUAGAAGAUUUCCUCAAAGGUAAAGGCAAGAAGCCGGAUUGUAAAGGUGGGAUUGGUACGGCAGGGCAGCAGGCCCACACCUGCUGGGAGAAGGGGGUGUCUGGGAUAGGAGGGGGGGGCAUAGCAGGGGGUGACUGGGAGUGUCGUAACUGUCACAGUGUGUGUCACCAUAGUGGAGGCGUAGGAGGAGGCGGCACCUGCCAAACUAGCGGAGUUGGCGGAACUAGCAGUCGCCCCACCUCCGCUAGCUGCAAACGCUGCGACUCCUGUAAGAUACAGCCGAGCAACCUCUACAACAUCAGCGAGGAUCAUAACAUGGUGUUCGCUGCAGGAAAGAGUAGUGUAGGACCUGCCCAAACACAAACUCAGGCGCAGCGCAGGAAGCUAGGGCCAGGAGGGAGGGUAUUAAGGAGGCAGCACUCAUAUGACACAUUUGUGGACCUACAGAGGGAGGGGGCAAGUCGCAUGGGAGGGGUUGGUGGGGGCGCUGGAGGACAGUUAAACCAGCCUCGAAGUGUGAGCUUGAAAGACAAAGACCGCUCCAUGGAGGGCCCCAGCCCAUACGCUCACAUGUUUGAGAGGUAUUCGUGUGACAGGGACUCUUCCAUGUUCGGAGGAAUAGGUGGAGAUAGGGCGAAAGGAGGCUCAUCCUUCAGUUUGUUUCGUGGAGGCGAGGGUAGUUUUCAUCAGCGGUCGGUGGGGGAGAGAGACCUGAGGGACAGAGAUAGAGCUAUGAUGGGAGGUGGGGGCUGUGGUGGUGGUGGUGGUGGUGGUAGCAGAGGGGCCGGGACUUACUCCUUGUCUAAAUCUCUCUACCCAGAUAAGGUGAACCAGAACCCCUUCAUCCCAACCUUCGGCGACGACCAGUGUCUAUUACACGGUGCCAAACCGUACUACAUCAAAAAGCCACAGACGCAGCAACAGCAGCAGCAGCAGCAACUUCUCAACAACAGCCGAGGAGGAGGGGACUUCCGCGGCUCCAUGGGAGCCGCAUCCUAUUUGCCCGCGUCCGCCACAGCUGGGGUGAUGUCCAACGUGGCCCCCAGGUUCCCCAAAGAGCUGUGUUUGGGCGGGGUGGGAGGGCCCAUGGGGAACCACCACGGGGCCAGCAAGAUACUGCCUGGGGGCAGGGACACGUUAGGUUUGGGGCCGGGACAGAGACCCUUCAACGGUGCCAGCAAUGGACACGUUUAUGAAAAGCUCUCCAGCAUUGAGUCAGACGUCUGAGGGUGAAGACAGAGGAAGAGAGAGAGAGAGAAGAUGAAGUGGGUGAAGAAAAGAGAAAGGGACGGGGAGAAACCAUACAGGGGGAAAAACGAGAAACAGCACGGGCUGAUGACCUCUCUGUGUGAAGAGAAUGAGGAGACACUGUGUGUUGUUCUCACUCCACUAAAUGGAGAGAAUUUGGACGUUGCACAGAGGCCACUGCAGGCUAAGCUGUGGUGAAGUCCGGCGGGAGACAAGUUUUUAAUGAGAAGAGAGGAUUCUGGUGCUGCUCCGACGCUCAGAGAAAGAUAGUGAGGGAGGGAGGGGAAAAAGUGAAAUAAAAUCUCCAGUCUCUGCUCUCUUCACAUGCUCAUUGUCUUUCCCUCCCUCCCGCAGUUCUUUAACACCAAAACAAACAUUUUGUUUAGAAACGGAAAUACAAUCAUGAAUGAGAAACAACACUUCUGUUGAAGUCACAGGGUAAACUAAUAAUAAUUGUAUUGAUAAUGUUGAUAAUAUUAUUGAAUAUUAUUCCAGUGUUUAAUGAUGAUUGGUUUGGAUUGUUUUUCAAUUUUAUUUCUUUAAAUAGUUCAUGUUACAUAUUUGUAUGAUGUUAAUUCUUUCUUAGCUUACCAAUAUUACAGGAGACUGCAAGACACGCUGUCAGGACGGAUCUUUUUUGGGGUUCCUGUAAUUUGGACUCUUCUUUGCUAUUAAUUCUUCAUGUUUGAUUUUUUAUACUUUUCUUACUUUUGAGUGCUGUGAAGUGUAUGUGAAAGGCGUGACUUGCUGAGUACAUUCUAUGUACUCAUAAAUUUGCAAAGAAGGUCUUUUUUUCAGCUGCAGAAGCAACAUCAUCAUACUGAUUUGCCGUUUCCUCUCGUUUUUCUGCUUGGCAGUGCCACAUGGGUCUCGCAUUUUGAGCUGGAUGUGCCUUAAAGGAUUAAUACUGAUUUUCUACACACAAGAUCUGUUUAGUUGGUAGACAGAUCCACCUGCAAACAAUUAGUCAAUCGAUUUGAGAGUGAAAACACACCUAAAAACCACUGAUAUGAGAGUUCCAUAAGCAUCAUACAACAUACAAUUCUUAAAUUCCUACAUAUAUCCUCGACAAUAGCAGGAUUACAAGGGUUAAAACCACAGUGCCAUGAUAAAAAAAAAACAUUCCUGUCCCCCUGAAAAUCCUGGUAUGUCAGAGCCGUGCCGCUGUAUGUGAAGAAAUAUGAUUUACAAAUAACAUUUAGAAGCGUCUUCUUGUCCCAGUAACUCCUUGAUUAAUCUAACUUCAUUUACUAAGAGGCUCAACAAGCUUCACCUCCUCAAACCUCACUAUUCAUUUCUGCAUAACAGAUGACCCAGGAGCAGACUAUCCAUUAAAUACAUGUAAAUCACAUUUAAUGUCCGCUUGUUGCGCUCGUUGCAUUUCAUUGGCUCGGGCUCAAUUGGCCGUGACAGUGUUGCUGUUCAGGACAGGGACAUAAUGGACUCUCAGAGUGAGGCCUCCGCUUGCUGGGAUGAGCAGCACAGAGCAUUAAUUAUGUGAUGAUUACAGCCAUAAGCCCUGCCUGCUGUAUUAGACGGUCACAUUUGAGCGAUGGAAGGACACGUGCUGAACAUCUUCCCCCCUGCAGGACCACAGCAGGCUCACGGUAAACAGGCCCAGAUGAUCAGAGUUAGUUAUUCGUAACAUACUCUCACCUUUACAGCGUGUCCCUUUACUUCAAGUGUUUCCUUUCUACAAAUGGGGUAAAAGGAAUAGUUUGACAUUUUAGGAAAUCCACCUAUUUGCCUUCUUGCAGAGUCUUAGAUAGAAGGUCGAUAACGCUCUCAUGUCUGUACAGUAGAUUUGAAUCUACAGCUGGUUAGCUUUGUUAAAUAAACAGACUGGAAAAAAGUUUUUCUUGACUUUAUGCAAAAGUAAACACACCUCGAAUACUCAAAAAUCAACAUGUUACCAGAGAAGUGGACCUCGGGUCAACUUGACUCACUGUUUAGAUGAUUUGCAACUUGACUUGACAGAAAAUAAAUGACUUUUGACCCGACAUGGACAAGGAAGUUAAAGACUGAAAUGACUUUGUGUUCUUUUUACAUUUUCAGUUUAUAUUUGAUUUUCUUUUUAAGUGAUGGGAAAGGAAUGUCUCAUUUUGAUUGAAAAGAAAUGAUUAAAUAGAAAACCUUUUCAGUGCAAUAUGGACUGUGUGCUUGAAGCAUUGUUUGCACCGUUAACAUAGGAGCUUUGACCUGAACAGAACGCGGCCAUAUAUGGUUCGGAACUAAAAUUCUUACAUAUUGCAUCUUUAAUUGCACCAAAAUAGUUUUUUUGUGUAUUUCACUGAAUAAUAGUAAUUAGCAUGCAAGUUAAAGUCACUGUCAUAAUUUUGAACAGCUUAGAUUAACUGGAGGUAAAACUGCAGUCAUUUUUUAUUUUUUUGAGGGGGAAGUAAAGUAACUUUUCUUAGGACUUGACUUGACACGAUCUUUGACGAGCCUUGCCCAGGAAAAAAAUGGUUCGGGCCUUGCCUGAGACUUGGGACCACAUUACAUGAAUAUCACGUCUGCAUGUAAGAUGCUAUUUCCUGUUUGAUUCAUUUACACAAAAACCACAACUUCUUAUUUUUACACUUUACACCUUAGAGCUUUAGAGGUGCAGUAGCAUUAUUCUUUAUGCAAAGCCAAGCUAACCAGCUGCUAGUCUAGCGUCAUAUUAAACACAGAUUUGAAAGUGUUCAAGAUCUUCUCAUAUAUCUCUGCAAGGGAGAAUGUGGAACUAUUCCUUUCUUACUGUCAAGAGAACGGGAUACUAAGUCUAUCACUGUGUGAACUCGACGCCAUGUUGCUCAAACUCCCAUUUUUCGCCAAAUGGAACAGAAGAAAAUCAUUUCAGCACAUACUGUAACCUUGAUUUCUCCCUCCACCAGACCAUAAUCUGUUUCACAUGCUGAGAUUUUGAUGAAGGAAAGAAUUUGCCCUCAAGUCCAAGGUCCUGUGUGGAUCGUGUCAGCUGCAGACGUUUGAGGAGAGAAAGAAUGAAAGCGGAAGGCGGAGAAGAGAGAAGCAGGUGGUAGGUUUAGUUAGAAAAAAGCCUUUUCUUUGCGAUACUCGUAGAUGUUUAGAUGAAAAGGCGGCUCCUAAAUCCACAACACCAGACACACAGGUCGUCUCCGCUCUAACACAACACAUAGAUGAAGUGUUUUAAAUACAGCCCUCCAUACUAUUAAAAUCUCCAUCUCCAGUUAUUUAUCGUCACUUAAACCUGACUUUUAGACAUUUUGCCAAACCAAAAUUUCAAUACCUAAGCACAAUCUGACUGAAUGGGUCCAGUAUUUAGUUUGUUGUACAUCCCAGUCAGAACUUUAGAGGACUUUUCUUCUCUUGGUUGACAAGUCAGUAUGUAUGAUACCAGGGAUCUCUAGUGUUUGUGAGGACUUGCAUGUAUACACUUUUUAUUUAUUUAUUUCUGUUUUUUCAAUCUUUAACUUUUAACCCAGAAGAAAAAUGGGUGUUUUUGAACAAUGUUUGGAAUUUUUAUCAAUCUUCAUUGGUACUGAUGAUCCAUGUAGUACUGUAGGUGUGUGUGUGCGUGUGUGCGUGCUUGUUUGUGCAGGAGAAGACACCAAUCUAACAGUCGAGAAUUUUGGCUAAAAUUGAUUUUAAAAAGAAACUUCACUAGGAUAGAAAACAUUCUUUCUUUAUUAAUGUUUUACAAAGCUCAGUUUUCUUGAUAGUUCGUGUAAAUGCUUUUAAACAAGGUUGAGGUCUUGGUUAACACAUUCAUCGUCACUGAAGAAGCCUUCUUCAUCUCAACUACUUUUCCUAUUUUUUCCUUUGAAUAACGAUUCAUUAUUUUCCGUUAUUGUAUGUGCCUGAAUACAUACGCUUGAUUACCUCUGUGUGUUCUCAUAUGGAAGAGAGACAGAGUGUGUGUGUGUGAGAGAUAACUGUUUAUUGUACAUGUAUUAUAAAAACUGUAUGUAAAUACUUUACCUCACGCUCAUGGACUUUUGAUAACAAACUGUACAAAAUGGCAAAGAAUAGAUCUAUUUGAGAUAAAUCUUUGAUUCGUAGGUCCCCUCGCGAAAUUGCUUUUCUAAUGACUUCUGGCCAGGAGAUGUGCAAUCAUUUAUUACCACACACACAAUGUGCACACUUAAUAAGUCGAGGUUUGUUGAUGUGUUUUGAUUUUCCUUUUGGACUUGGUCGAAGACCAGCUUAGGACAAAUUGGAAAUCAUCAUCACUCAUCGGUACACAGAAAGCACAAUAGAUUAUCUGUUGCACUGUUACAGUAGUCUUCUUUGAUUUUUCUUUUCUUCCCCUCUUUGGCUAAUCUUCUGGUUUUUUGUGUUUUACCACAGAAGAUCGAACGACCCCAUUCCUGAGCUGUACAGAUUGUGAAAAAUGUACAUAGGACAAAAAAAUUCUAGUUCACCCUCACAUUUUUUGUAUGGACAGAAAUUACUUGUGUGAAGAGAGUUAUUUCAAAUUUGAUUGAAUAUUUAGUAAUAUUGAAAAUGAGAUUAAACACAGUCAAUGUGAAAAUUAAGUGCUGAGAAAUAUUAUUCUUCUGUCUCUUUGGAAUAAAAGUGUUGAGUAUUAAUAAAAAAUAAGAAAUCUCAAAACUGA